CCGUUUCUUUUUGCGGUGAUCGAAAUUGGAUUACCGCCGAGCGGCAAAUCACUAUAAAACGGCUGGGACAGUUUUGUUCCAGCACAGUUCGAUCAGUUUCAUUGCUUAGUGAACAGCAACUACCUCCCUUCUUCAGUUGUAACCAUGGCAUUCAAGUUUGUGACCUUCCUCGCCCUGGUGGCCGUUGCCCGUGCCGGAGUCAUCGCCGGUCCAGCGCUGUCCUACGCUGCCGCUCCAGCUUUGCAAUAUGCCGCUGCUCCCGCUCUGUCCUAUGCUGCUCCUGCUCCAUUGGCCUACGCAGCUCCAGUCGCCAAGACCCUGGUUGCCGCUCCUCUGACCAAGACCAUCGUUGCCGAUGAGUACGACGCGAACCCACAGUACUCGUACUCGUACGGAAUCUCCGAUGCCCUGACCGGUGACCAGAAGAGCCAACAGGAAUCCCGCAGCGGAGAUGUCGUCCACGGAUCGUACUCCGUUGUCGAUCCGGACGGUUUCAAGCGCACGGUUGACUACGUUGCUGACCCACAUAACGGAUUCAAUGCCGCCGUCCGUCGUGAACCCCUCGGCGUGAAGACCGUUGCUGCUGCCCCGGUUCUGACCGCCAAGACUGUCAUUGCUCAGCCAGCCCUGGCCACCUAUGCUGCCCCGUUGGCCACCAAGACCUACGUGGCCCAGCCGGCCGCCUACGCCGCCUACUCCGCUCCAUUGGCCACCAAGACCAUCCUGUCGCAGCCGGCCUACGCUUCCUAUGCUGCACCCGCUCUGUACCACCACUAAGCGAAAUGAUAACUGUUAUCGGCUGAAUGUUGACUGUGUUCCUGUAUUUAUAAGACGAGAAGUGAGAUUUGAAUAGAUGAGAGGUCAUCCAAAAAAAACAUGGUUUUAAU